GAGCGUCAUGCCGAGGCAGUUGGUUCGCUCCACCGUGUCCGGGGCUCAGCGAGAGCUGUGAGAGGCUGUUAUUUAGGUCUGUUACAGCAGACAGAGAGCAGCUCAGCCAAGGGCAGGGGGAGAGUGAAGAGUCAGUCACGCUCAGCUCAGCUCAGCUCAGCCAGGCAGGAACCAGAUCUGCAUUCCAGCUGAGAGGGAAAGAGGGGAAAUCCAGCAUUGGCAGGAAAGGGCAGCAGAGAGAGUGACAGCAAGGGAUUCUGCAGGCAGGGAAAGGAAGGUAGAAGAUCCAGCUAGAUAGUGCUGCUGUUUGUUGUUGUCACUGCUCCGUUGGGUGACGUGAGCAGUGGACGCAGGGCAGGACACAGUCAAGACUGAGGGCUUGUAGUGAUUGUUGCUGAGGGCUGGGGGGGUGGGGUGCCAUGUUUGACUGUAUGGAGGCUCUGGGUAUGGGCCCCCGUCAGCUCUAUGAUGUCACCAGCCGCGGUGCAUGCAUGCUGCGGAAGGCGAGCCCCUUCUUUGCGGGGCUGGACCCCUUCGCUUGGACAGGCAGUGCCAGUGUUCAGUCGGUGGAGACCCAGAGCACCAGCUCAGAGGAGAUGGUACCCAGUUCUCCGUCUCCACCUCCUCCACCUCGUGUCUACAAGCCCUGCUUUGUGUGCCAGGACAAGUCUUCAGGGUACCACUACGGGGUCAGCUCCUGUGAGGGCUGCAAGGGUUUCUUCCGCAGAAGUAUCCAGAAAAACAUGGUGUACACCUGCCACCGAGACAAGAACUGUCAGAUUAACAAGGUCACACGCAACCGCUGCCAGUACUGCAGGCUGCAAAAGUGCUUUGAGGUCGGCAUGUCGAAGGAAGCGGUGCGCAAUGACAGAAACAAGAAGAAGAAGGAUGUGAAGGAAGAGCUGGUGCUUCCAGAAAGCUACGAGCUAAGUGGAGAGCUGGAGGAGUUGGUCAAUAAAGUCAGCAAAGCUCACCAAGAAACCUUCCCGUCACUUGGCCAAUUGGGCAAAUACACCACCAACUCCAGCUCAGACCACCGUGUCCAGCUGGAUCUGGGUUUAUGGGACAAGUUCAGUGAGCUCUCCACCAAAUGUAUCAUCAAGAUUGUGGAAUUCGCCAAGCGGCUGCCGGGUUUCACCACUCUCACCAUCGCUGACCAGAUCACUCUACUUAAGUCAGCCUGCCUGGACAUUCUGAUGCUGAGGAUCUGCACACGCUACACUCCAGAACAGGACACUAUGACUUUCUCGGAUGGCCUGACUCUCAACCGGACUCAGAUGCACAACGCCGGCUUUGGACCACUCACGGACCUGGUGUUUGCCUUUGCUGGCCAGCUUCUACCCCUGGAGAUGGACGACACAGAAACUGGCCUCCUCAGUGCCAUCUGCCUCAUCUGUGGAGACCGUAUGGAUCUAGAGGAGCCCCAGAAAGUGGAUAAGCUGCAAGAGCCUCUUCUUGAGGCUCUAAAAAUAUAUGCACGCCGCCGUCGCCCCAACAAACCUCACAUGUUCCCUCGCAUGCUGAUGAAGAUCACCGACCUUAGAGGUAUCAGCACUAAAGGUGCGGAGAGAGCCAUUACUCUGAAGAUGGAGAUCCCAGGGCCAAUGCCCCCUUUGAUCAGGGAGAUGCUUGAGAACCCAGAGGCCUUUGAAGACCAAACAGAGAGCAGCGAGAGCCCCCCGCCGCCGCCGCCGCCGCCACCUCCACCCCCACCACAAGCCCAAGUCAAGCAGGAGGCCGAGGAUGAGGACGACAGCUGGGCCACAGAGAACGGCAGCGAACCAUCACCGGAGGAGGAUGAAGACGACGAUGAGGAUGUGGGGGAUGAAGAUCGGGACAGGGGCUCGGACAGUGAUGGAGAGCCCUGGGGGGUUCUGGAUGCCAUAGAUGGUUCAAGGAAAGGCCUUGUUGGGAGGGCGCAGUGAACAGAGCAUUUCAUACAUACACACACUCAUGUACAGUACAUACAGGUUCAAACCCACACACACACACACACACACACACAGAUACUUACAACACAACCUCACUCACUCAACUCAACAAAAUGCUGGCCUUACCUCCCCCUUUCGCUCUCCUUACUGCACAUCACUGUGUCUUCCACAGCGGAGCACAGCAGAGCCUUAUGAGACACUUCUAACUCAGGCCACAUGGUCCAUGACAAGUGAACUACAGAACAAUAAAGUAAAGGAGAGAUGGCAGCAAACCAUAUGAACUCCUGGCAUAGCCAAGAGGGAAGUUAACCUGACAAAAAGAACAGAAACUCUUUGAGAAAGAUAAACGUCAUGUUUUCCCCUAUAUUGUUGUUUAUAUCUAAAUAGGGGAAAGGCCAAACCAGACACCAGAACUGAGCAGUUGACUCGAUGGAUUACAACAAGCACAUUUCUCAAAAGACAACAAGAAUACAGGGCAAAACCAAAUUGAGUAUGCUAAUCUUUUGUUUUUGUGGAGAUUGUUUUACAUUUUACUUUACUUUCUUUUUUUCCUUCAAUUUAUGAAUAAGUCCAUACAUAUCUAUAUACCAUUACAUUUUUGUCUUUAUUUGUUAUUCUGGUUUUAUAUAUGAAUCCUUUUGAAUGAGUAUUUUCUUUGAGAAGAGCUUUCCUGAGAAGAUAUUCUGGGGAAAAGAAGGGUUAUCAGAACUGGCUGGGUCUUCCUUAUCAGCUACAUAUGCUUAACUGGGGCUUUUUGGGCACUUUGGCUCACUGUGGAUGUCAAUGAUAAUCAACCCAGAAGACUAUUGUUAUGUUGCAGUGACUUAAUCAGUUUCUGUUAUCAGGGAAUUGGCAUUAUUCUAUUUUCUCUCGUUGUAGCCAACUGAAGCUGUCAAUAUGGAAUUAAGUAUCUUUGUGCCAAAGUUAGGAAAGUCAUCUUUGGAGCAUGAGUUUAACUACUGGCAGGGACUCCAGCCACGAUCCAGCGCUCACCCUCACAUGCACUAACACACCCUUGAUCUUCCACACACACACACAAACAAACA